AGCGACCGGAGCCGCCAGCCAGGAAGGAGCGAGGGAGGCAGGCAGGGAGGAAGGAAGGAAGGAAGGAGCCGCCCGCCGCCGCCGCCGACCCGCCGCGGAGGAGCCGCCGCCGCCGCCGCCAUGAACCCGGAGUAUGAUUACCUGUUCAAGUUGCUUCUGAUCGGUGAUUCUGGUGUGGGAAAGUCCUGUCUUUUGCUACGAUUCGCUGAUGACACUUACACAGAAAGCUACAUCAGCACGAUUGGGGUAGACUUCAAGAUCCGUACCAUCGAGCUGGAUGGCAAAACCAUUAAGCUGCAAAUCUGGGACACAGCCGGGCAGGAACGGUUCCGGACCAUCACCUCCAGCUACUACCGAGGGGCCCACGGCAUCAUUGUGGUAUACGAUGUAACGGAUCAGGAAUCGUACAACAACGUCAAGCAGUGGCUGCAGGAGAUAGAGCGCUACGCCAGCGAGAACGUCAACAAGCUGCUCGUGGGCAACAAGUGUGACUUGACCACAAAGAAGGUGGUGGAUUACACCACCGCCAAGGAGUUUGCCGACUCGCUGAGCAUCCCCUUCUUGGAGACCAGCGCCAAGAACGCCACCAACGUGGAGCAGUCCUUCAUGACCAUGGCAGCCGAGAUCAAGAAGCGGAUGGGGCCGGGAGCGACGGCCGGCGGAGACAGACCCAAUCUGAAAAUUGACAGCACUCCGGUUAAGCAAGGAGGCGGCGGCUGUUGCUGAAAAGGAGGGACAUGAUCGCUCGGGGGGGUGGGGGGGCCUGGGACAGGCUGGGGGGGCGGGGUCCUGCCCCCUCCCUGCCGUCCGGCCCCCCCCUCCUCUUUUUUUUCAUUCUCUGAAGGUGGCUUUCCCGGAUGAUACCUCUGCGGAGGGGACGGGGCCUCCCCCCCUUCCGGCUCAGCUGCUCCGAGCGCCGUUGAGUGUCUUUGGCUAUUUGUCCCCCCCCUUUUAACUCUGGACAGGGAGGAGGAGGAGGCAGCUGGGUCUUACGAGGCCGAGCCUUCCCUGCCAGUGGUGGGGGGGCACAUCUGUGUCUGAUGGGGGGCAGGGGGCUCCCACCCCUUAGGCAGGAUCUGGGCAGCACUUUACUGAUGUUGUCUUGCCCCCCUUCCCCCCGCCAGUCCAUUUAUAUCCCCCCACCAUUUUUCUAACCCAAAGCAGAGCCUUCCCAUCACCGCCCUUAGUCUCCCUCCAUCCUGCUCCUCUCCUGCAUCUCUUUCCUCUCCUCCUGCCCUUAGAUGGACGGCUGUUCAGUAGGAGACACCCCCCCCCCAAUCAAGGCUGCAUUUCAGGAGAGGCUGUUCUCGCCCCCUUCUCCACCCCACGCCCUCCGAUGGAAGCGAGGCGUUUCCUUUUUCCGCCUGGACUUCGACCAGCUGUCUCCUAGCGCGACGUCAUUCCUUCCUUGCCAUUCCUGAACCUCCUCUCAGGGCCUCCCCCCACCCCCAGGCCAGGGCAACCUCUCUCAACCCCCCCCACCGCGCCCACCCCCAUUACCCUUUGCAUCCCAGCCUGCUGUAGGAAUGGAUCCGUGUUCCUUCGCUAGCCACUGGAACGUCUCCUCCCGUGGGGUGGCUAGGAUGGACUGAUCAAGCUCUUCAGUUCUUCCUCAAAACGGGGAGGAAGGGAGAUUUUGGGGGGGAAGGUGGGGUGGCCUUCCCCAGCUUCUGCAUUCCAUGGUUAAUGAAUGUAUCUCUGCUGGGCAUCCUCUGAGCUUGUGAGCGGUUUUGUAGCGGUUCCACGUACCCCUCAUCUCCCCCCUUUUCUUCUUUCUCCCCAAUGCCGCAGCGCUGCCCUGCUGGAUCCCCCCUCCCGCUCCCCUGUAUAUCAACGACCAAAUGGAGCCCUGCUGUCUUUCCCGUGCUGCUGGGCCCAGCUCCUGCCAAAGCUGCACCCCUUCCCUUCUAGCAGCAGGAUGUCGUUUUUCUCCCCAAGCAGCUUCUCUGCCCCAGGGGUCCCUUCGCCCGUCUCAUCUUCACUCGCUCGCUCAUCCCCUCCCUCACCCGACUCCACUUUAUUUAAGGAACGUCAGGGACCCUGCUGCGGGUGGAAAGUUUCGUCGGCUCCUUGUUUGUCCGUUCGUUUUGUUUUCAACGAGUGAAAUCACAAAACACAAAUGAGAGGAAAAGAGAAAAGAGGGGAAAAAAAUAAUAAAACAUAACCAGCCUCUGCGAAAUGAGGGUUUUCCAGG